UGAUUGAUCAGCCAGUCAGCAGUAAAAAAAAAGUGUAGUGUCACUGUUGGUGUGUGCUGCUAUAUGGUUUUGAGUUUUCUUGAAUUUCAUUCAUAUUCUUGAAUUUUAACGUUAUGUAGAGGGAGUGAGCGAUGUCGGAGAACUUGGAAGUGCACGGCUGCGGCGUGCGGGCGGCCGGCGAGCUGGCGGACGCGCGCUGCGACGCGGUGGUGGUGCUGCUGGAGCCGGGCCUGCCGCCGCCGCAGGCGCUCGAGGACUUCAUCGUCGCCGCGCAGGCCAUGGAUAAAGGACUCGAUAAAGAAUGUGCGGUACUGAAGUGCGAGCGAGUGUCGGGCCAGCGGCUGGUGCUGUCGCCGACGGGCCCGCUGACCGACUACGACGACGUGCGGAGCGUGGGCGAGGCGGCGGCGGCGGGGCUGCGGCGCGCGGGUGAGGCGGGGUCGCGGCGCCCGCUGCUGGUGCUGCAGCAGUCGCCGCGCUGGCCGCGCGCGCCGCUCGUGGCGCUGCUGGCCGCGCUCGAGACGCUGUACGUGCCGCUGCAGAUCCGGGAGACCUUCCCCGACAGCUGGCGGCGGCCGGAGGCGCUGGCGGUGUACGCGGAGGGCGUCGCGGCGCCGCUCGACCGGCUGCUGCGGGAGGCGGUGGCGCUGGAGGCGGGCCGCGGGCUGGCGCGCGACAUCGGCGGCGCCGACCCCGAGCGCGCCACGCCGCUGCGCUGCGCGGAGCUCAUCCGCCGCGCGCUGGGCGGCGGCGCCGUGGCCGUGCACGUGGAGGAGCGCCGCAGCCACCUGGAGCAGCACUACCCGCUGCUGGCGGCCGUGAGCCGCUGCGCCGACGCCGUGCCGCGACACCGCGCCUGCGUCGUGCAGCUGACGUACACUCCGCCGCAGCACGCGGAGACGCUGCUGCUGGUCGGCAAAGGCGUGACGUACGACACGGGCGGCUGCGACAUCAAGGCGGGCGGCGUCAUGGCCGGCAUGAGCCGCGACAAGUGCGGCGCCGCGGCCAUCGCUGGAUUCCUCAAGACCUGUGACAUACUGCGCCCCAACGUGCGCGUGGUGGCGUCGCUGGGGUUCGUGCGCAACUCCGUGGGGUCGGAGGCGUACGUGAGCGACGAGCUGCUGCGCUCGCGCACCAAGCUGGCCGUGCGCGUGGGCAACACCGACGCCGAGGGCCGCAUGGUCAUGGCCGACUUGCUGGCCGAGCUGGCGGAGCGCAGCCGGUCGGAGCUGCGGCCGCACCUGUACACGGUGGCGACGCUGACCGGACACGCGGCGCGCGCGUACGGCGCCGGCUACACCGCCGCCGUCGACAACCACGCGGCGCGCGGCGCGGCGCACGCGCACAAGCUGGCCGCCGCCGGCGACGACGUGGGCGAACCCGUCGAGGUGUCGCGCCUGCGCCGCGAGGACCUGCGGUCGCACCGCGGGCGCGCGGCCGGCGAUGCGCUGCACCAGGCGCACAGCCGGCCCUCAGUCGACACUCCGCGCGGGCACCAGGGCCCCGCCGCCUUCCUGCUGCUGGCCGCGGGCCUGGACUCGCAGGAGCUCGAGUACACGCACCUGGACGUGGCUGCGAGCGCCGGCUGCUUCCCCGACGCGCCCACCGCCGCCCCGCUGCUGGCCCUCGCCGCGCUCCACGGCGUCAUCUCGGUCUGAACGUCUGCAUACGACACCAGCGAAGGCAACGUCAGAUGAUUCACCAAAUUAGACAUGAAAUACCAUAAUAAAUAUUAAUAGGUACUGAAUGUUGGAAGAUUCCGGAAACAAAAAUGUGAGUAUUCCUUUUUAAUUAAAAUGUAUUUAAUAGCACCCUAGACUGUCACACUGGUCUAGGGCGCUAUUAAAUGCAUUUAUCACCUUCUACAAGUUUCUUGGAACUUGGGGCCCACCUCUAGCCUGUCUUAGAGAAAAAGAGACAAGUCGUAAAUGUCAGAUACCGUGUAACGAGUUCCGAGGCUGUUUAAUAUUACAUCAUUAUUGUGGAAACCCUGUCCAAGACGAUCACAAUGCUUGAUAAGCACAUACAUUUUGUGUGCUCACAAGCGUUUUGACCGUAUAGAAUGCACGGCAUUUACUAUUUAAUUUGUCUCGUGGAUAGAUCUUUGCUCUGACCAAUGUCCCACUGGAAACACAGGCAGAUAUGAGAGUAGGCUUGUUAUGCGUUGUGUCAAAACCACUUGACAAACACGUAAAUGCUUGUCAAGCUUUUGGUUAUCGAAGGGGUCCAUUUUCACUUUUCAGAAAUCGAUUCCACAUGCAAUGUAGGAUUAAAAUGAAAACACUUCUGCAUUUGUACUAAUAAUACUGAGGUGCUAGUGGUGCUAAUACAGAGAUAUUUUUUCCCACCAUGUUGUUAAACAUUUCAACAGCAUAAUAAAUGAUAUUAAACUAUUACUCAAAUCACCCUCUAAGUACACCAGCAUAAUAAUGUAAGUUGAUACUCAACAUAAUACACAUUUUUGUACUUUUAUAUAUUCUCAUGUUUUUUUUAAAUUAAUAUAAGUAGCAUGGUUUUUACUACACUAGCAAAAAAAUUAACAGUCGAAGUGCCUACCGCGCUACAUACAAACACGUUGCACGUUACUAACGUCCACAUCUCUGCUGUCUCUAUUUCCCAUAUCGUGUACACAGCGUGUAAAAAAAAUAGAAUGUGUGGACGCAUUGAAGUACUACCUACGUGUUUUGUUUCGUGAUAGCCCCGCAACAGAUAAAUCAGUUAUUGAAUUUAAUUAUCCUAAGAAUUCUGUAGUAAAAAAGUACUAUUGUAUUUAUUGACUCUCACAUACAGAAUGACCGUACUCGGAUCAGCUGAUUGACCAUUAUGUUCUUUUUCCACGAUUUGACACGUACAUUGUUUUUAAUAUACUCAUAAUACUUUAACCCCUUUUUAACUGUGUAUUAAAAUUAUAUUUAUAUUUUUAAUAUA